CUGGCUUGUUUGCCAGCGGAUAGCCGUGUAUUUGGCCAGCAGACUGGCCAAAUACCUUACCUGAUUUGCCCAUGGACCGCAGAGUAAAUAGCACAAAUAACGCUGAAACGCAGAAACGCAGAGCCGAAAGUAAUGCAAAUAGAAAUACGGCCAGACGCAAACGUAUUUUUUGUGUUGUCAGUGCGCAUUAAAAAGCAAACAGUAACCAAUGAACACGGCCAACAACCACCAGCAAACAACAACCACUAACAACCACCAACAACCGCCGACCGUACUACCAAUAACGGUACAGCUAAUGCUGCGAGAGUGAGAACCAGAAGAAUCCAGCUCCCAAGUGCCGAGAAUCCAAAGAUCAUGGCUCACCGAGCCGCUCAUGCGCCGCCAAAGGCGUUUUCUAUGGCAACUUAGCAGUCGAACUUCUCGCAGCUCAAGAAUUAUGCAUUCAGUUGUGGUUUUUAUGAAGUGCUGGGAUAUAUUACUUACACUGUUGUUCUGAUCUAUCGUUAAUUACUUCUCAUAUAUAACACAAAAGGGCAGGAGAAGGAGCUUUCUUUACCAAUUUAUGAUACAUCUAAAUUUCUCAUAGAACUUCGAGAUACGAUCGGUUUAUGAACAACAAGUUUUUGUUAAUACAAGUAGAAACUCAGCCACUUCUUGAUUAUAGAUUUCGAUAGCAAAAAGUGUUCCUCUGUAGAGGAGCUCUACUAUAUGCUCUAGUAAUUAGCACUUACUUAUCAAGCAUAAACUGGAAUUGCUCUUUUGGCUAAACAUAAAUAUAUUCAGUAAUGUUUCGUAGAUGUGCUUUUAGCAUAAACACGACAUUUAGACAGCAAAAUAGAUUCCUUCGAUGGCCAGAAUGACGAAUAAGACGACAACGAAUGCCUCUAAUUUGUCAGCACCACCAAAAUUACUCAUACCACUCGUGGGCAAUCGUGGCUCUUUGUUGGCCAGGUCGCUUGAUUAUAGCCUUCGUUCUUUGCGAUCGGACCUUGGUGCGGAUUGGUGUGGACCAUUGUUGUUGGCCGCAAGUAUGCGGCUUGUUCCCAAAUAGCCGGAGACAUCGGUAUGCAAAUCGAACGUUCUAAGCGAACGCGGCGAUAAUGGCCAAAUGGCCAAAUGACCAAAUACGAUGCGGAAUAGAGAUCUCCUCGCGAAACGAGUUUCACCCAACGCGGCCAAAUCCGAUCGGGCCAGAGCCAGAAACCCAGUAAUAACAGUGUCAUUCCUCAAUUGCAGCGACAUGGCAGCGUGGAAACAGCUGCCAAACGGAGGGCGUUUCCUGCUGCUUCUCCUGCUCUGCAUCGCCCACCUGGGCCACCCGAUCUCCGCCUGGCGCCCCUGCCCGGAGCUCAGCCCCGCCCUCCGUCUGCCGUGCAGGUGCAAUGUGGUUCCGUUUGCGGCGACUGGCCAACUGGGCGCCGUGGCCAUGGACUGCGAUCGCGUUGUCUUCCACGGCGAUGCCCCCCAACUGCCCUAUGGAGCGCCCAUCGUGGCGUAUACGCAACGUCACAGCGGCCAACAGGUGCUGCCCGCCCAGACUUUUGGCCAACUUAAGCUGACCAUUGAGGAGCUGGACCUGUCCUACAAUCUCAUCCGCAGGAUUCCGGAGAAGGCAUUCGAUGGCCUCAAGGACUCGCUGAACGAACUGCGGCUGGCGAACAAUUUGCUGGGCGACAAUCUCAACCCCAUCUUCUCCAGCGCCGAACUGCAUGUGCUGAAGAACCUGCGCAUCCUGGACUUGUCCGGCAACAAGAUCAAGCUGAUCGAGGAAGGUCUGCUCAAGGGCUGCGUGGAUCUGAAGGAGUUCUACAUCGAUCGCAAUAGCCUGACAUCGGUGCCCAGCAACUCUCUCAAUGGUCCAAGUGCCCUGAGACACCUGUCGCUGCGCCAGAACCAGAUUGGAUCACUUCUUGGGGACUCCUUCAAUGCCCAGCGGCAGUUGGAGAUCAUCGACCUGCGCCACAAUGUCAUCCGCAGCAUCGACAGCCAGGCCUUCAAGGGACUGCAGAAGAUCCGGGAGAUCAAGCUGGCCGGGAAUCGGAUCAGUCACCUCAACAGCGACGUCUUCGAGAAGCUGCAGUCUCUGCAAAAACUCGAUCUCUCCGAGAACUUCUUCAGUCAGUUUCCCACGGUGGCACUGGCCGCGGUUGCCGGAUUGAAGCACCUUAAUCUGUCCUCGAAUAUGCUGCAGCAAUUGGACUACACCCACAUGCAGGUGGUGAGGAGUUUGGAAAGCCUGGACAUCAGUCGCAACACCAUCACCAGCAUCACACCAGGAACUUUCCGGGAGAUGGGUGCUCUGAAGUAUCUGGACAUCAGCCUAAACUCCUUGAGAACGAUCGAAGACGACGCCUUGGAGGGAUUGGACAGCCUGCAGACCCUCGUCAUCAAGGACAACAACAUCCUGCUGGUGCCCGGCAGUGCUCUGGGUCGCCUGCCCCAAUUGACUUCCCUGCACUUGGACUACAACCGAGUGGCUGCUCUGUCCGCGGAGAUCCUCGGAUCGCUCCAGGCGGGCGAUAUCACAACGCUAUCCCUGUCGAGGAAUGUCAUUCGGGAACUGCCACCCGGCAGCUUCCAGAUGUUCAGCAGUCUGCACACCCUGGAUCUCUCCGGGAAUUCCUUGGCCUUGAUCAAUGCGGACACCUUUGCCGGACUGGAGAGCACUUUGAUGGCCCUGAAGCUAUCGCAGAACAGGCUGACGGGUCUGGGCGGAGCUCCCUGGGUGCUGCCGGAGUUGAGAAGUCUGGACCUGAGUGGCAAUACGCUGACGGAGUUGCCGAGUAGCAUUUUCGAGGAACUGGAGAACCUGCAAUCCCUCAACCUGAGCGGCAAUCACCUGGCUCCUCUGACUGGAGCUCUCUUCAAGCCCUUGGAUCGCCUGCAGGUCAUCGAUCUGAGUCGGUGCAACAUUCGGCAGAUAAGUGGUGACCUCCUGGCCGGCCUGCAGGAUCUGAAGCACAUUUACCUCAAUGAUAACCAGCUGCAGGAGCUCCAGGAUGGCAGCUUCGUGAACCUGUGGAACAUAAGCUCCAUUGAUCUAUCUAACAACCGCAUUGGAUCCAUUCGAUCCGGCGCCUUUGUGAAUGUGAUGAAGCUGCAGAAGCUCGAUCUCCAUGGUAAUCAGUUGUCCGCCUUCAAGGGCGAGUACUUCAAUACGGGAACGGGAAUAGAGGAGCUGGACAUCUCGGACAACCAGCUGAGCUACCUGUUUCCCUCCUCCUUCAGAAUCCAUCCGAGGCUGAGGGAAAUCCGCGCUGCCAAUAACAAGUUUUCCUUCUUCCCGGCGGAACUCAUUUCCUCCCUGCAAUACCUGGAGCACAUCGACUUGUCCCACAACCAGUUAAAGACCAUCGAGGAACUGGACUUUGCACGCUUGCCACGCCUGCGCGUGCUGCUCGUGUCCAACAAUCAACUGGACAUGGUCAGCGAAAUGGCCUUCCACAAUUCCACCCAACUGCAGAUCCUGGAUCUGGCGCACAACAACUUGGAUCGCAUUGGAGAGCGCACUUUCGAGGGCCUAGUUCGCCUGGAGCAGCUCAACCUGGAGGGCAACCGGCUGUCGGAGCUGUCGGAUGGAGUCUUCGAGCGCUCGAAGCUCCAGAUGCUGGAGAACAUCAACCUGGCCCACAAUCGCUUUGAGUACGCUCCAUUGAAUGCCUUGCAAAGGCAGUUCUUCUUUGUGUCCUCCGUGGACUUGAGCCAUAACAAGAUCAAGGAGCUGCCAGGAGAUGACAGCAUCAUGGUGAACAUCAAGAAGAUUGAUCUUUCCUUUAAUCCUCUGAGUGCCAAGGCUGUCCACAAUGUCCUCAACGAACCCAAGACAGUUAGGGAGCUCAGCCUGGCGGGCACGGGCAUUGAGAAUUUGGAACUCCUGGAGACGCCCUUCCUGCAGUUCCUGAAUCUCUCCCACAACAAGCUGAAGAAUGUCAAGCCAGAGGUGUUCCAAAGAGUGACACUUUUGGAAACACUAGACCUCUCCAGCAAUCAGUUGGAGUCCCUGGAUGAUCUUUCCAUGGCUUGGCCCCAACUCCAGGUGCUCCAAUCCCUGGACGUGUCCAACAACAGCUUUGAGAUCGUCUCCCAGUCCAACUUUGGCAAGAUGGAGAUGCUGCAAUCGCUCCGCUUGAGCCACCUGCCCCAGUGCACUAGGAUCGAGAAGAACGCCUUCAAGCAGCUACCCAAUCUGGUCAGCUUGGAGGCCUAUGAUCUUCCCCUGCUUGGCUACCUAGACCUGCAAGGCAUCUUGGAACUCCUGCCCGGCUUGGAGGUCCUUGAUAUUGAAGUAAAGGACUCUAGCAUCGGUAGCGAGCAGAUACAACCACUCAAGCAUCCGCGACUCAAGAGCCUGGGAAUCAGAGGUGAACGUCUGAAGUCCAUAUCCUCGGGCACGCUGGCUGGUCUCAAGAGCAAUGAUCUGAGCGUCCAGCUGCGGAACACCUCUCUGAAUGCCCUGCCGCCAGCUUUGCUCUUCCCCGUGCCGAGAUCCUCCCAUUUGAGUCUGGAUGUCGAGGGAUCCAAGAUCACAGUGCUGGUGCCACAGUUCUUAAACGCUCUGGAAGAUCGCAGAGCCAGUCUGCAGCUCCAGGGAUUGGCCAGCAAUCCCAUAGUGUGCGACUGCAAUGCUCGAGCUCUGCGAAGAUGGUUGCCCAGUUCCGGUAUGCCGGAUGUCACCUGUGCCUCGCCAGCCUACCUGCUCAACCGGAAACUCAUUGAAGUCGGGGAUGACGAGCUGACCUGUGAUGCCCGUAGGAUGACUUCCUCCACUUCCAGACCCACUGCUUCUGUGCCACACCUGCUGAAAACGUCCAGCCAACUGGUGACCAGGAGCAGUUCCACCACCGAGGAGCCACUGAUCAUCUGGAGCCUGGAGCCCACGCAGCCGCCCAGUCUCAAGAAGAUGAAGACCAAGGCUCCGCUGAUGAAGGCCCAGUCACCGAUAAUAAGCAACGAUGACACCCUAAUCAUAGGCAUCGUGGGAGGAGUGGUGGCCUUCAUAGCCAUCCUCAUCAUCAUCAUCUGCAUCAUAAGGCUGCGCAUGAGCAAUGCGGAGUACCAGCAGAACGCCACGAUGAUUGGCAUUCCGGCGGGCAUGCAAAUGGGAGCCCACAAUGCGGCGUACAACUACAAGAAUGGCGCGGGAGCGGCCCUGUAUGCGGUGCCUCCCUACCACGCCACCCUGCCCCACAAGGCGGCCUCCAUCCACCAGUCCAGCCAGAAUCUCUCCCAGCGCCAGCAGCAGCAGCAACAACAGCAGCAGCAGCAGGUGGCUGCAGCAGCGGCUGCCUACUCGACCAUGUCCCGCAUGUCGUACUUCAGCGGAGCGGGCGGCGGAAACGGCGAUGGAGCCGAGAGUCUCACGCAUCAGCAUCCGCACCAGCAUCAACCCUACAUCAUAUACUCGGAUGACAAGGCCUACAGAUAAGCCAGCUAGCCGAUCGUGGGGGCUCUUCAUCUUUCCCACUCCUCCAUUCUGUCCAUUUCAAUCUCAGUCAGUCAGUCAGGCGCAUCGCCGCAAACAGGUUCUACAUUAUAUCGCCGCUCUCAGCCACGUUGUACAUAGACUUAAAACAUUCUAACCGUAACCCUAACUGUAUCUAUGUCUAACCAUAAUUAAGUGCAAGCAAAUCGCUUAUGCGGAAUAAACAAAUCUAGUAUAAUUCAUA